CGGCUCGCAGCUCACCCGGCCCUGGGUUGCAGAGCUCGCGGGACGGCUGAGGGCACUCCAGUGUCUGAGCUAGAGGCCCCUGGCCGGGGACCAGCACACCUGUCUGGGUGCAAAAUGGAGGAGGGGGAAAGGCGCCCCCUGCUGUCCCAGCACCUUGCCACAACUCCUUCCCCUCGUGUGUGUGAGGGGUGUGGGGGCGCACACUCUGAGAAAAGCACACACCCAGGCGAUGUGCCCACGGGGCCUUCAGCGCCUCUCCUGCCUCCCCCCUCCACCCGUGACCUGUGCUUCUUGCUGCUUCACCCCUUCCCCACUGCGGCCUAUGGUUCUGGAAGCAAGACAUUCACAGUGAACGAGGUUUCAAGGCAGAAUCGGAUGUGGGGAGCAGAGGGCAGCCUCUUCCAGGGCACCAGGGGCCAGGAGGAGCCCCUCCCCGCAAACAGCCCACUCACCGCAAGCCGCCAGGCGCCCCAAGAGGACCAGGUCUGGAGGGCAAGCCUUGGGGGAGACCCGGCCUCCUCUCUCCCCUUGGGAAGCAGCUGCCUGAAAUAUCUUAUCUUCCUGUUCAACUUCCUCUUCUCUCUGCUUGGUGCACUGGCUCUGGCCUUCGGGCUCUGGGGCUUGGCUGUCAAGGGGUCUCUGCGGGGGAGUGGGGGAGCGGCCCUGCCCAAAGACCCCUUGCUGGGACUGGCGCUGGGGGGGCUGGCGGUCAGUGCCGUGAGCCUGGCGGGCUGCCUGGGCGCCCUCUGCGAGAACGCUUGCCUGCUGCGCUGCUUCUCCGGUGGUCUCAUCGCCUUCUUGGCGCUGGAGGCGGUGGUGGGGUCCCUGCUGGUGGCCCUCUGGGGCCCACUGCAGGACGGGCUGGAGCCCACACUGCGUGCGGCCAUCACCCACUAUCAGGACAACGCGGACCUGCGCUUCCUCAUGGACCAGGUCCAGCUGGGGCUGCAGUGCUGCGGGGUGUCUUCCUACCGGGACUGGACGCGGAACCCGUCCUUUAACUGCAGCUCCGCGGGGGCCCAGGCUUGCGGCCUCCCGGCCUCUUGCUGCGUCAGCCCCAGGGGAGACGGAGCAGCUGGCCACGACCGGUGCGGCUUCGGAGCUCUGGGCCCGGAUGAAGCCGUUCAGAGGUGGGUGUACCUGGAGGGCUGUGGCCUUGCACUCCGAGGGUGGCUGCAUGGGAACAUCCAGGCUGUGGGGGCUUGGGCUGUCGCCACUGCGGUCGUCCAGGGCCUGGAGCUUCUGUUGGCAGCCCGGCUGGCGAGGGCCCUGGCUGUCCGCCAGGGGGUAGCAGGGAGCCCCAGAACCGCGGGGACAGAAAGGCCCCCCGCCAAACUGGCCCAGGGCUGACAGCCCGGUGGGACCCCCAGGGAAGGUGUCCGAGCAAGCGUCCUGCAUCUCAGACACUCUGGCCUCCUCACUCUGCUGGGUCUCCCGCCCCCCAGGGGUCCCUUUCCCGGAGGGUAGGGCAUGUCCACCUCCUUCCCAGUUCUGUUUGGGCCUGCGAGAACGAGUCCCUGCUCUGCCACCUGACCUCACUCCCUCGGAGACUUUUGCUCUCGACCACGGAGCACUUGCCAACCCCACGUGGCCUGCGUGAGCCGCCCCUGCCAGCGCCCACCUCCUACACGGGAUGCCACGGCUGCCCAGAGCAUAUGGGGCUCUCGGGGCCGGAUGCAAGCCUGCUGUCGAGCCCCCAACUCCAACUCACACUCCUGACCGUCGCCUCCAACCUCCGGCUCCGCACACCUAGGCUGCCUGCCUCCGACCCCAUUCUGACCCAGCCUCUGAGUGCCCCUCGCCGCCCCACUCCCUUCCCGCUGCCCAGCCCUCUCCGUCCACUGUGGUGGCUGAUGGCAAGGCCCUGACGGGAAUAAAUUUUGGUGAGCUGUAUCAUUGACGGCAAAUGGCACCCGUCUCAGUGGGCAGCC